UUUUGUCGAUCCUGUUGAAAUACAUCCCUUGCGAGGCAGUUUUCAGGCUGUAUCAUGUGGAAAGUUACAGUCGAGAGGAAAAGGGAUGGAAAUAGGCAAUUCUGGGAGGGGAAAGAGAGACCAUUUUCUAAUUUUUUACCGCGUUGCCGAGCUGUGCUGUCAGUGGGACAGAAGCUGUCAUGGUGCCGAGAUCGCAGAGAAAAAUUCAUCAAUAUUUUGCAGUGUUUUCUCCUAUUUUCACACAUAAAUUGCAGCGAUAAGUGCUCUCAAAGUUUGAGAGAUUCAUGUGUGUAUUUGAUUUGUGGUGCACGUGGUGAAAACUGUGGGGAAAUUAGGUGGAAAAGUUGUGGCAUUUUCCACCACAGCACCGAAACUGCGGGGCUUUGAAAAUCACCUCCAUCCGGACUUGGGGAGGAAGAAACGCGGCCAUGUUAUUUUAGGCGCACGUAAAAGUACCGUGAACAGCUCCAGGAGAGUCUCGUGGCGAGUGUUUUCACGUGCGGGGUAGGGAUUUCUAAGUGCGGGUUUUCUUGUCAUGCUACCGCCUGUUCUGCACGAGUACGGAGCAAAGAUGAAUUCCUUGUACGAGGGCAGCACGCGGAGGGACAUCAGGGAUAUGGUGAACGAGGCCAGAAUUCAGACGCAGCUUCUGGCCAGGGAAGCCAAAGAGCGUUAUCAAUCGGGCACAGAGACGGAUGAUUCGGACACUGAGCAGGAUCACGUGUCGCAUCACAUAAAGCAGGAGAAGCAGGGCGAAGGAUUGAUUUAUCACACAGGUGGAGUGAAUCUCGACAGCUCGGCGGUGAGAAAGCGUCGCGGAAAUCUGCCCAAGCAUUCGGUGAAGAUCCUGAAGCGCUGGCUGUACGAGCAUCGGUACAACGCCUAUCCGAGUGACACGGAGAAGCUGACGCUGUCGCAGGAGGCGAAUCUGACGGUGUUGCAGGUGUGCAAUUGGUUCAUCAAUGCUCGCCGCAGGAUUCUGCCGGAGAUGAUCCGUCGCGAGGGCAACGAUCCUCUGCACUACACCAUAUCGCGGCGCGGCAAGAAGCUGGCCAAUAUCAAUAUGCACAACAAUGUGCAACUCAUGUCGCCGCAAACAAUCACCGGCGACACGAUUGAGAACGAGGUGAUUGUGGGUGCCACUGAGGAGGUUGUGGGCGAGGAGGAGAUGCACGAAGGCGUGGCGACAGUCCUCACGGCUCUCGGGCAUCAAUUCGUUCAGACCUCGACUGGUGGCGUGGUGAAGAUGGAGAGGGAUAUUGACUACGACGACAAUAUCAUUUACAAGUCAGACGAUGAGAGUGCAAAUGAGUACGAGACGUGUACGCCUGAGGAGGAGGACCAGAACAACUGGCAGGAAGUGAUGCGAUAUACGGACAAAGAUGGUGAAGAAAUAACGGAAGAGAUUGAAACUACGCCUGUGACUGGAUAUUGGUCCGCAUCACAUCCACAUUUGGCGCACUUGCCACAAUUGCCGCAUCCUUUGACCACUUCGACGCCAACGGUUCCCGUGGGCUUGUCGCGUGUGCAGGUGAUGCCAGCGCAUCCGUCGCCGGUGAUCCAGCAGAACAGCGACUCGAACUCCUCGACAAACAACAACACAUCGAGCGGAGCGCAAAUCGGAGGCGCGAAUCACGUGACAAAAGCGUCCCUAAAUCUGUUACGUCGCAACAAAGACAAGUUCAAGUGUCUGUACCUGCUCGUCGAGACGGCCGUCGCAGUGCGUCAACGCGAGAAGGAACAGGACGACGUUCACGUGCUAGGCAAUUGAGCGCGCGAUUGAUCUUUAGUUUAUACAUAUAUAAUGAAGGAAAUAUGAAUAUUGCAGAAUCUAAUUAAAACAUUGUGUAGAUUGGAAGGAAAUGAGAGAAGAAUACUAUAUGAACUAUAUUUGCAAUUAUCCUCUUUUUUAUAACUUUUGCAGACAUAAAAUAGAGAAAGAAACAUUGAGAAUCACACACUUUGGUUGUUGAAUUACAAUUGAAGAAUUAAAUAAGAAAUGAAGGAUAGAUUUAAAGAAGUAAGAGGAGAGAGCACUUAAUUGAUAAAAUGAUGGCAUGAAAAUGGCAGUGAGAUGAACUACAAAUGCUGUAGGAUAGAGUAAUUAAGAUAUUUUAAUAAUUGGAGAAAUAUUGUAGUAAUUAUCAUAGGGGCGGUUCAGGCCUUUUUUCAAUUGACUUCUGUUUGUUAGAUAUUCAAACAUUAUUUCUAUGGAUCAUUUCUUAAGUCAAUCUUAUUAUAUUUAUAGAGUAAAAAUUUUUUCAGAGUGAAUUUUAACUUGCAUAAAUAAUUGAGAAAUUGUAAUUUUUACACAAGACAUAGCUUUUGAAGAGAGAGGUUAGGAAAGAGAAAGAAUAUACUUAUAAGUGUCUCAACUGUUAUGUAUUUUACAUUACAUGUCUUGAAUUUUUGCAUAUUUUAUUUCGUAGUACAAAUUAGGUUCUUUUGCCCUUUGAAUUUCACCGCGAUCGUGUUGUGGUUUUCUACUGAGAGAGAAGCCACGUUAUUGUCAUCAAGUUUAAGUGUUGUAAAUAAAGUAAGAAGGAAAAAAGAAAUACUUUUAGUGAUAAAAGCUCUAGAUGUUUAGUUCUUUGUUCUUAAUUGUAAAUAAUCAGUAAAAAUUCAAUAGUGUAGCUUUCCUUCGCAAAACUAUGCAAUUUUUCCCAUCAAGAAGAUACUGAUUUACUUAGACCCAGAUUUUUUUUCCUCUUUUUUAAGACACUGUCACUAGAACGAAGAUGAAUUAUAAAUACAUUUUAUGGAUCAAUAAAGUUUUAUUGAGUAA